UCUCUCCUCUACUUAUCAUUUGCCCUUCCAUUUGCUGCUUCCUCAUCGCCAUCGGAGGAGCGACCGACGGGAAGAGAUAGAGAGAGAGAGAUCGAGCGAGAACUACGGAUGGGUCGAGACUUCGUCUACGUCAUACUUGGCGGCGGCGUAGCUGCUGGCUACGCCGCCCUCGAGUUCGUGCGCAGGGGCGUCGGCCGCGGCGAACUCUGCAUCAUCUCCGAAGAAUCAGUUCCGCCUUAUGAAAGGCCUGCAUUGAGCAAAGGAUACUUACUUCCAGAAGCCCCUGCACGCCUACCUACAUUUUAUACUUGUGUAGGUGCUAAUGAUGAGCAAUUGCCACCAAUAUGGUAUAAAGAGCAUGGCAUUGAUCUUGUUCUCGGCACUCGAGUAAAGUCUGCUAAUGUGCAGCUGAAGCAAUUAACCACAACAACUGGUGAAACUAUCACUUAUAAGAUCCUUAUAAUUGCAACAGGCGCUCGGGCUUUGAAGCUUGAAAAUUUUGGAAUAAGUGAAUCAGAUGCUGAAAAUGUUUGCUACUUGUGGAAUUUGACUGAUGCCAAUAGGCUUGUGGGUCUAAUGCAAGAGUACAGAGGGGGAAAUGCUGUUGUAAUUGGUGGUGGUUACAUAGGCAUGGAAUGUGCAGCAGCUCUAGCUACAAAUCGAAUGAAAGUAGCCAUGGUUUUCCCUGAUGCAUAUUGCAUGAGUCGUCUUUUUACACCAAAGAUUGCAGACUUUUAUGAGAGUUACUAUAAGUCGAAAGGAGUUAUAUUUUUCAAAAGGAAUGCCCUGGCAUCAUUUGACAACGAUUUGAAGGGAAAGGUGAAAGCAGUGAUCCUUAAAGAUGGCACCCAUCUUCCAGCUGACUUAGUUGUGGUUGGCAUUGGCAUUCGUCCGAAUACCAAUCUCUUUGAAGAUCAACUGCAGCUUGAGAAAGGCGGAAUCAAGGUCAAUGGACAAAUGCAGAGUAGUGACCCCUCUGUUUAUGCCGUUGGUGACGUUGCUGCUUUUCCUGUCAAACAAUUUGGCAAUGAGAUUCGCCGCCUUGAGCAUGUUGAUGCCGCUCGAAAGACUGCAAAACAUGCUGUUGCCGCCAUCAUGGCACGCGAUGCAGGUGACCUCGACUAUCUACCCUUCAUUUACUCUAGAGUUUUCACAUUGUCUUGGCAGUUCUACGGCGACAAUGUUGGACGAGUCGUCCAUUAUGGAGAUUUUUCGAGUGGGAAUUUUGGUGCUUACUGGAUUGACAAGGGUGUUGUUGUUGGGGCUUUCCUCGAGGGCGGGAACAAAGGUGAUAAUGAGGCGAUAGCGAAGGUUGUUCGGUUGAAAGCAACCGUGAAUGAUAUUGCAGAGCUCCAAAGGGCAGGGCUUGAGUUUGCAUUGUGUAAGAGCCAGCUUGUCGCGAAGAGGUACUUGCGAUAUGCCAUAGCUGGUGUUGGUGUUGCUCUAGCUAUUUCAAUUGCUUAUUUUGCUUAUGGAUACGGGAAGAGUGAUGUAUGAUAAAAAAAGGGGAAGAAGGGGAUGAUCAAGGGUGAAUAUGAAUACAACAUUAAUAAGUUAAUGAUUAAUAAAAUCUAGCUUCAAUGCUUUAUUAAUAA